CGGUAGUCCAGCCCUCUAGCUCCAGCACCGGCAGCCCCACCCCUCCAGCUCCAGCGUCGGCAGCCCGGGAACCCCUCCAGCUCCAGCGCCGGCAGCCCCACCCCUGUCGGAACAGAUGAUGUCUUUGUUAAUCCCUGUUAGUGCUCAUUUUGGAGCUCAAUACUCAGUUUGUUCUGACAUCCAUGAAGCCAUCAACCAGACGAUGAAUUCUGGAUCAUUCCCUUGCAGGGGCUAUGGGGGAGGGGGCUGGGGUGGUUCCGCUGUUGCAAGAGGCGGGGUAGCCGGCGGUGGUGGUGGCUGGUCGGCCGCGAAGGAAGAGGCUGGGUCGGCGGCUAAGGAGAGAUCGACGGCGAAGGGUAACUGGCCGGCGAGAACAGACCGGCGAAGGGUGGGCGAUAGGAUUUCAUGCUCAGAUGACUCCUCAUCUCGGGACUCUACCUAUUCUUCUUCGACCGGGUACUAUUCCUCUUAUUCCGUACCUGGUCAUGUUCCCAACUCGUCUGUCCCCGAGCUGGAGCCGGUAAACCAAGUGCCCGGUCAGGUUGGGGAAAUCGGGCCUAUCACCGCCGACCGGUUGGGAAUGGAUUCUCCAACCGAAGUGGCCCGGCUGAAGAAGAAGAAUGAGGAGAUGGCCCUCAUUCUUAAAAGCCAAUUGGAUGAGCUGGCCAGGUUGUCCAAGAUGGCCGGGUCAAUGAAGACGGAGAUUUCCCAACUGAAGGAGGAGAACUGCCGGUUAUUGGAUGAGAUCUCUGGGGUGAAGCAGGAGAUGGCCCAGAAGGAAGAAGACUUCCUCGGUCUUACAGGCGCCUGGGUUAAAGAAAACAAGGCCGAAGCCGCCCGGGUGAUGACGGCGGGCCCGGAAGCAACCAUGGAAUCCUUCAGGCUUCUAUACCAGGAGCCUGAAGGAAAGAAGUUGAUUACCGCCAUUGGGUCUUUGGAUUCAAGUGUGGUCAGAAGAAAGACCGGGCUGCCUCUCACCGGAUCAUGAAGAAAAGGGACCCAGACUUUAGUGCAGCUGCUUACGGCUUGGCCCCAAUUCCGGAGGAAGAGCCUACUCCCCCCUUCCCUCUAGAUUAGGAUCUCCCCGGUACCGACUGGUUGUUUUGUAAACUUGAAACAUUCUCAAUUUCCCUGGGUAUACCCGGUGUAUCUGUAAACAUUUAACAUUCCUAUCUCAUUUGAAAUCCAUG